AUGGAACAGCGUUAUCCAAUAAAAAAUGCUAGUCCUGCCAAACGAAGAAAUAAACUAGAACAAUUAAAUAUUAGCGACAAGGAAUUAGAAGGAAGUUUAGACUUAACUAGUUUCACCAACUUAAAAAAGUUAUAUUGUAAUGAUAAUAAACUAACUUCUUUAAAACUUAAUAAUUUAGUUAAAUUAGAAACAAUUAUUUGCUCUAAUAAUCAACUUGUCAACUUAGAAAUUAGUGGUUCAAAUAAUCUAGAAUAUUUAGAUGGCAAGAUAAAUCAUCUAAAUGACCUUAAUUCUUUACUAUCUAAUCUUAAUCCUCCUAAAUUGAAGCAAUUAUAUUUGCGUGAUAAUAAUUUCCUAUCUAGUGAUUUAACUCCUUUAUGCAAAUUCACUAAUUUAGAACACUUGGAACUUUCUAAUAAUUAUCAAACGUCUAACAAUAAUGAUUUCUACAAAAGUUUGAAACCCUUGCAAGGAUUAAGUAAAUUGGAGAGUCUUUAUAUAAUAGAUAGCACUUCGGACAGAAAUGUAUAUUAUUCAAGCAAUAAGAAAGAUGGUCCGGUUAGAGGACAAAUUAAACAACUUAUUUCUUCUCUAAAAGAAGAUUGGAAAAACAUACAUUCCGAUUUUACUUCUGAAAUGCAAAAAGACAUUAUUGCUAUGGGAAAAAUUAAAGAGGGUCAAGAAGUAAACGUAAAUUCCUUAGAUAUUCCUGAAAAAGAUAAGGUGUUCCUAGGAACUUUCCAAAAAAUCCAAAGAGAUGAGGAGGAUAAGAAAAUUGACCAAGAACGAGUCCUGAAUAAUAUGGAAAGUAGUGAGAAUAUUGAAUAUUCGAAUGAAAAUUAUUCUAAAAACACAAGAAUCAAUAUUAAAGACUUGUCCAUUAUUGAAAAAGGAUUAGAAGGAGAAUUAGAUUUAAGUGAUUUCAUUAAUUUAGAAAGAUUAUUUUGCAGUAAAAAUAAGUUAACCGAAUUGGAGAUCGCUAAUUGUCCAAAACUAAAAAUGAUUUUUUGUUACGAUAACAAUUUAGCUUCCCUAGAUUUGAGCAAAAAUACAAAUUUAACUAGCAUUUAUUGCGACAAUAAUAAAUUAGUCAAUUUAGACGUAAAUAACCAAAUAACUGAUCUAGAUACACAAAAUUGUCCAUUGCUAAAGAAAGAGAAAAUUAUUUGGACUAAUAAUAUAAGUUCCAAAGGUCUGCAAGGCUCUUUAAAAUUGGAAGAUUUUCCUAACCUUGAAAAAAUCAAGUGCGAUGGAAACAAAAUUACUCAUCUAGAAAUAAUUAAUUGCCCUAGUUUAAAAGAAAUCGACUGUGGAAAUAACCAAUUAACAGAAUUGAAUAUAAAGAAUUAUCCUGAUUUGAAAGUGCUUCAUUGCGGCAGUAAUCUUUUAAGAAAUCUAGAUUUGAGCAAAAAUAAAAACUUGGAGGAAUUGUCAAUUAUGAAUAACAAUUUUGUUAAACAGGAUUUAUCUUUUUUAAGCCAUUUAAUAAACUUAAAAAAACUUUACUUAGGAAAUACCAAUAUAGACUAUUUAUUAAAAGAAAGAGUUGAGCAAGGAGUUUACAAUAACUUUAUUGGUUCUCUGGAGCCUUUGAAAAAUCUAAAUAAGUUAGAAAAACUUGAUAUUAAAAAUACUGACAUCGAUUCCGGCUUAGAAUAUUUACCAGAUAACGUCAAAGAGUUUUCUUGUUCAGCAGAUGGGAGAGAAGGUGCAAAAGUAGGAAAAAUCUAUGAAGAAUUAAUUAUUUAUGGCUUAAGUCUAAAAGCUUUAAAAGAAGCCUAUUAUCCAGAGUUGGAAAUAAUUAGAAAAACACAAAGUGGGAAUAGAUUAACAAUAGUACCCUCUAUUCCAGAUGAAUUAAUUAAAGUAAGGAAAAGCAAAAACAAAGAAAUUUAUGAUCUAGAAGCGACAAAUUACUUUGAAGUUUCCCUUCGUGACAAACGUCCUUUUUCUUGA